AAGUGUCUUGUGUUGAGAUCAAUAAGGAUGAGUGGUAUCCAGUAUCUGGUCUGUCUGUGUAUUCUGCUCAUCACCCAGAGCAGAUUUGUACGCAGUGACAUUCAGUUCAUCGAGAAGCAGGAGGGGGAUUCUGUGGUCUUUCCUUGUGCGAUUGAGCAGAGAAACCCAGCACCCUUUGGAGUCUACCUGAAACGCACGUGGUUGGUUCCUAAUGAAAUACUGUUCAUGCACACCGAGGAAGACUUCAGAAUGAAGAAUGAUCAUGACAAAAGCCGCACCAGUGUGAGCGGAGACCCAAAAAACCACUCGCUGAUUGUGACCAUCUCUGAGCUGACAACCAAAGACACAGACCGCUACUACUGUGAGUUUAUUGUGGAAAACCUUUCUACGGUGGAUGAAUACAUACCUGGAAAGACUGAAUUCUUCCUCCUCGUUACUGCUGCCCAAACAUCAGCAGACAGUGGGAGGAUAGAGACAUGCGCUGGAGGGUCCGUGGUGCUCCCCUGCCUGCCUGCAGAAGAGGGCUUGGCAGUGAAGGGGGUGAGUCUGAAACGGCAGAAGGGCCAGGCACCUGUGGAGGUGCUGUACGACUCAAGAAAACACCAUGGCAAUGAGCCCCCAUCCUACUCCCAGUUCCCCGCUGAGAGAUUCCGGCUGACCUCGGCGCUCGGCCCCGGUGGCAUCACCUACAACCUCACCCUGCAGCAGCUGCAGCCAGAGGACAGUGCCCUGUACAGCUGCCAGCUGCUCCAGCAAGAUAGGCCUGACAGCCACGUCAGUCUAGGGAGGCAAGCGCUCUUUGUUUCUGUGAAAGGGGACGAGUGCAGCUGUUCCAGCUCCUCCACACUGCUGUAUGCUCUGUCCUCAGCUGUGGUGGUCCUCCUCCUCGCCAUUGUGUUUUUAGGGAUUUCUCUGUACAAAGUACGCCCAAGUGUCAAGCCAACCCGUCAGGCUCCCAUCUACGAGGAGAUGACUGGUUUCAAGGCUCUCAAAAACGGUCAAAAACUGGCCCCUAACCAUCUGGAGGAUACAGUGUCUGUAUACAAUAACACCUCUGUGAAGAAAUCCUGUCUUGAGAACCACUAUGAAAGCCCCACAGGGGCCCUCUGCCCCAGAAACGAAACCCAGACAUAAAAUAUCACUAGCAUUAUGAACAUGAGCAACUUAUCACCUCAGCUACCUGAAACUCACUGAACUCUGACUACAAUUUGUUCUCUGACAAGUUUCUUUAACAGCUACGAUUUUUCUCUACACAGGAUUUUUUGUAAUUUUAUGAUCUUGGAUUUUUUUACUGAGCUAUAAGAUAGUACAUGUUGUUGAAUUAAAUGUGGAGUUUUCUUGUAAAUAAUGUUUACAUUCACUGUACACUCACAAAUGCUUCAGUC